AUGAGCGUCCACUUCAACAAUUACAGCUGCGAGAUUUGCGGCUCGGUGUUCAUGACCCUGAGGCUGCUGAAAAAGCAUCUGGAGGUGCACGAGACCGGCAACUUUCCUUGCGACAAAUGCAGCAAAGUUUUCAGCACGCCGUACAAGAGGACCGUUCACGUGCGCGGGGUGCAUCUGAAGCAGUUCCCGCGGAGGUGCCCCUUCUGCCCGGAGCGAUUCAAUUCGAAUUACAAGCGGACGAUCCACCUUCAGGACGUACACAAUCAGUCGACGCGCGUGCACAAGUGCGAGACCUGCGGCCGCGGCUUCAAUUUGAAGUAUCACCUGAUCUGCCACAUCCGAUCGGUACACCUACAGGAGCGGAACCAGCAGUGCGACGUGUGCCACCAGAGGUUCUGCAACAAGGAAUCGCUGAAGAGGCACAUGGUCAUACACACGGGCGAGAAGAAUCACAAAUGCGAUAUAUGCGGAAUGGCUUUCCUCAGAAGGAAAAAUUUGAAAGACCAUUUGAGGUUGCACGAGAUAGGUUCAGUCCAGAAAUCGUGUCCAGAGAUCGUUGAAUCGGAUUCAACUAUGACGAUUAGGGAUGACGAUGGUACAGACGUAACUCUGACCGUGUUGAAGACUCCUAUAUCGCUGGGCACCUUAAAACCCGAGAACAGAAAAAAUACGACGCAGAAUAUUCGUGAAGAACCCAAGAAUAUCAAUAAAAUGCUGGUUUUGAAGGAGCCUCUGUCGCUAGAUCGAAUCGAUUGGGAUAACCUCACCGAAGUCACGUUUAACGUGAAAACAGUGGAGGAGCGAUACGUUUGUAAACAAAAGAAGCGCGAUAAAGAAUCGAAAGAAUGGAUAAGAAGCAGUAUGAGCAUCUUCGAUAAUACCUAUACGUAUCCGUUCGUGCACACGGGCGGUCGAUACAAAUGCUUCGUUUGUAGGAAAACGUUUUUCGAAACCAAUUCGCUGCGAGACCACACGCUCGAGCACAAGUCCGAGGACCUGGAGAAGGAACUGCAAACCAAACAGAGCGACGUCAACAUCAAAAUUGACGUAUCGAACGCGCAAUGUAAACUGUGCGACCUAAAGUUUGGCGGUUACAAGGAAUUGAAGCUUCAUUUGGUCGAGCACGGCCUGGCAGUAAAUCUAACCGAGGACAAUCUUAUACCGUUCAAACUGAAUUCGGACGUGUUCGAGUGCCAAGUCUGCGGAGAGGGCUUUCUGAAGCUUCGGCUACUGAUCGUGCAUAUGAGCUGCCAUUACAAUAAUUACAGCUGCGAGAUAUGCGGGUCGGCGUUCAUGUCGCUGCGUCUACUGAAGAGGCAUCUACAGUGCCACCAGACCGGCAACUUCCCGUGCGAUAAAUGCGACAAGGCCUUUAGUAGCGCCACGAAACGGACUCUGCACGUGCGCGGAGUUCAUCUAAAGCUGCUCCCGAGGAGAUGCCCGAUUUGCCCGGAGCGUUUCAACUCGAAUUACCAAAGGACCAAACAUUUGAGGAUCGCGCAUAACCACUCGACUGGGCUUUACCGCUGCGAGACUUGCAGCCGAGAAUACGAUCUCAAAUACCAUCUUUUAUUGCACAUCCGAUCUGUACAUUUGCGGGAGCGAAAUCAAGAAUGUCACGUUUGUCAUUCGAGGUUCUUCUCUAAGUAUUGUCUCUCCAGGCACAUGGUCGUUCACACGGGGGAGAAGGGCUUCAAAUGCGACACCUGCGGUAAGGGCUUUUCCAGGCGGAAGAAUCUUCUGGAACAUUCUAGAACUCACGAGGUUCAGACGUGCGCUGCUUGCGGGCUGCAGUUCGUAGAUCAUUCCAAUUUAAUUGCACACGUUAGUAAUGUGCAUGGUACUUUGUAGUUUAUUUAUUGCCUUACAUCAAUUACGAUGUAAUGCAAUCUGAUUGUAAGAGAUCUUGUUGAGAAAUAAAAAGUAU